GGAUAAUGGUAUAGUAUAAUAGUUAUAUUUUAAAAGUCUUUGUUUAUCAGAGGUAAAGUUUAGAGGUAAAAAAUACAUUCUGUAUAGGAUUUGCUUCCUAAUACUCCAAAUGUAUUCAUGACUUCCAUGUUCAAUGGGGAGAAGCUUGUUAAUAAAACGAAUAGAUAGAGACACAUGGUGGCGCUGCAGGAUAAGAUGAAGACGGUAUAUGGGCUAAACACGGCGGACUCCAUUACUCAGAACAGAGAACACCCGAUCGAUUGAAAAGAGCAGUAUUAAAGGGGCUUUUGCCUAGAGAGCUGCUGGAGGGUGAUAUACCUGCCAGAAUUUCCUAUGGAAAAAUCAGAGCUUGCCUUCCAAACUUAAGGCUGAGCUUAAAUUUUUCCGCAAAAGGAGUUGCCUGGAGGAGCCAUGAGGAUCAGGGGAGUGCUUGUUCUGCAGAAAAGGCAAGUCUUGAUUCUCUUUGUUUUGCUGAGAUUGUCUCAGACCAGUCCUGAAUCUGGGCGAUAUUCGGUGGCAGAGGAAACAGAAAUUGGUUCUUUUGUGACUAAUCUUGCAAGGGAUCUGGGGUUGGAGGUAAAGGAGCUGUCUUCACGGGAGGCUCAGGUAGUGUCUGAUAAUAAUGAAAAGUAUUUGCACCUCGAUUUGUCUACCGGGGAUUUGAUCCUAAAUGAGAAACUGGACAGAGAAGAGCUGUGUGGCUCCACGGAGCCCUGUGUGCUGCACUUUCAGGUUUUAUUGAGAAACCCCUUACAGUUUUUUCGGGCUGAGCUACACAUUAAAGAUAUAAAUGAUCACUCCCCCACCUUCCUGGACAAGGAAAUACUUUUGAAAAUAUCAGAAAGUACCACUGUCGGAACCACAUUCUUAAUGGAGAGUGCUCAAGAUUUGGACAUAGGAAGCAACAGUCUCCAAAACUACACGAUUAGCCCCAAUUCUCAUUUCUACAUUAAAAUUCAAGGUGGUGACGAUGGAAAGGUGUACCCAGAACUGGUCCUGGACAGAGCGUUAGAUCACGAGGAGGAGUCUGAGCUCAGAUUAACACUCACAGCACUGGAUGGUGGAUACCCGCCCAGAUCUGGGACAACCUUAGUUCUCAUCAAGGUCUUGGACAUCAAUGACAAUGCUCCUGAGUUUGCUCAGAGUCUCUAUGAGGUGCAGGUCCUGGAGGACACACCCCUUGGCUCCUGGAUUAUCACCAUCUCUGCUAAGGACCUGGAUGCAGGUUAUUUUGGGAAAAUAUCUUACACAUUUUUCCAUGCUUCGGAAGAUAUUCGCAAAACAUUUGAAAUCGGUCCAGUAUCUGGAGAAGUUCAUUUGAGAUCACACCUGGAUUUUGAAGUAGUACAGUCCUACACUAUAAAUAUUCAGGCAACAGAUGGUGGGGGUCUUUCAGAAAAAUGCAUUCUUCUGAUUAAAGUGAUGGAUGUAAACGACAACCCACCAGAAGUAACCAUAUCAUCAGUUACAAACAUAAUUCCAGAAAAUGUUCCAGAGACCCUGGUCGCUGUCUUUAGUGUUAGAGACCAAGAUGCUGGGGACAAUGGAAGGAUUGUUUGCUCUAUCCAGGAUGACCUCCCCUUUACCUUGAAACCAACCUUCAAGAAUUUCUUCACUGUGGUUACUGGAAAAGCACUGGACAGGGAGAGCCAAGCCGAGUACAACAUCACCAUCACCGUCACAGACCUGGGCACACCCAGGCUGACCACAGAGCACAGCAUAACAGUGCUGGUCUCCGACGUCAACGACAACGCCCCCGCCUUCACCCAGGCCUCCUACACCCUGCUGGUCCGCGAGAACAACAGCCCCGCCCUGCACAUCGGAACCAUCAGCGCCACAGACGCAGACGCGGGCACCAACGCCCAGGUCACCUACUCGCUGCUGCCGCCCCACGACCCGCAGCUGGCCCUGGCCUCGCUGGUGUCCAUCAACGCCGACAACGGCCAGCUGUUCGCGCUCAGGUCGCUGGACUACGAGGCCCUGCGCGCCUUCGAGUUCGGCGUGCGCGCGGCAGACCGCGGCUCGCCCGCGCUCAGCAGCCAGGCGCUGGUGCGCGUGCUGGUGCUGGACGCCAACGACAACGCGCCCUUCGUGCUCUACCCGCUGCAGAACGGCUCUGCGCCCUGCACCGAGCUGGUGCCCAGGGCGGCCGAGGCGGGCUACCUGGUGACCAAGGUGGUGGCGGUGGACGGCGACUCGGGCCAGAACGCCUGGCUGUCGUACCAGCUGCUCAAGGCCACGGAGCCCGGGCUGUUUGUGGUGGACGGCUUCUCCCAGCCCUACCUGGCGCUGCCCGAGGCCGCCCCGGCGCAGGCGCAGGCCGACUCGCUCACCGUCUACCUGGUCAUCGCGCUGGCGGCGGUGUCGUCGCUCUUCCUGCUGUGUGUGCUGCUGUUCGUGGCGGCGCGGCUGUGCAGGAGGGCCAGGGCGGCCUCGCUGGGGGGCUGCUCGGUGCCCGAGGGCCCCUUCCCGGGCCACCUGCUAGACGUCAGCGGUACUGGGACCCUGUCCCACAGCUACCAGUAUGAGGUGUGUCUGACUGGAGGCACUGGGGCCAGCGAGUUCAAAUUUCUCAAGCCGAUUAUCCCCAAUUUUCAAGUCCAUGACACUGGUAGGAAUAUGGAGGAAAAGGAGAACUUUCGCAAUAGCUUUGGAUUCAAUAUUCAAUAAAAUAAUUUAUCUUAAACUUAUACUUGGCAAACUGCCAUACUUUUUCCCUAGUCAAUACUGAAUUUUAGAUUGUGCUGUAGUUGCAUGCUUUUUAUUUCACCUAACAGUUGCUUUAACAUUAUCAGCGGCUAUAAUGACAUGGAAAUACAAUCUGUAUUUUCCAUUUUUGUCAUCUGUUGAUCACAAAUGAUAUAUUAAUGGAGUCGCUAGUUUUCACGACAAUGAUGUUAUGCAAGACAAUAUUCUGAACUUGGAGAUACAAAUUCCAUGAUUAAAUGCAAAUGUCAAAAUAUACUAAUAUGCUUCUAUUAGUCAAAACAUAGAUAAAGCAAAAAUUAGAAAAUGUGAAACCUGAGUGGAAAGUAUAUUUGAUUUAGAACUAGAGAACUUCGUUUUUGUUAU